CCGACACCCCAGCAACGCCGUCCUCUCACCCCUUUAAGCCGCUUGACCAGGGCACUCUUCUGCCCGCUCUUGGCUAGGCCUCGCUGCUCCAGUGCGGCCUUCAGGUCGGUCACCCGCAGCGCCUGAAGAGGCUUCCCGUCCAGAGUCACCUCCUCCAGCUCCGCCAUCUUGCGUGAGGUACUCGGGUCCGUCCCGACGGCUUCGGGCAUCUUCGGUAAUUUCCGCCAACGCCCUUCGAACGGACCGAGCUGACCCCGCCCACUGCCGUAGUCAACCCCUCGAUUACCACUCAGAACUCCCCGGGUUUCUCCGGAACUGCUCGGGUAUUUUCGUCUCCCCAUCGGCACCAAUCAGUUCUUCCCAUCCUCCCAGCCGCUCCCCCUCCCUCACCCUGCUGUCGGAGCUCGGUUAUCUUCGUCUCACCGAGGCUUUGAAUCGAAUGUACUCGGAAGCCCUCGACUCUGGGUAACCAAAAUCGGAGCUACUCGGCUAUCUCCGACCCUAAGGCUGCGGCGCUGAGGCGCUUGGGAUUUUGGGGCUGAUCCGGGACCGGAAGUGCGUGGGCAGCCGGACUGGCCCUGCUUAAGGUUUUCAGGAAACAUGGAAGCGGCGGCGACAGUUGGAGUUUAAGCACUUUGUGACUGUCUCCAGGUGCCCUGUGAGAGGAAAGGGGAGGAUGCCACUGGAAUCAUCUUCCUCUUCGAUGCCACUACCCUUCCCUACUCCCUUACCCUCAGUACCAGACAGUGUUACUAACUCUUCCCCUCCCCCAAUGUCUUACAUCACUUCCCAGGAGAUGAAGUGUAUUCUACACUGGUUUGCCAGUUGGUCAGGUCCCCAGCGUGAACGUUUCCUACAGGACCUGGUAGCUAAGGCAGUGCCGGGAAAACUACAGCCACUGCUGGAAGGUCUGGAGCAGCUUAGUUUGUCUGGAGCAAACCGACCACCUUGUAUCUUUGAGUGUCAACUACGUCUUUGGGAUCAGUGGUUUCGAGGUUGGGCUGAGCAGGAGCGCAACGAAUUUGUCAGGCAGCUGGAGGUCAAUGAGCCAGACUUUGUGGCACAGUUUUACCAAGCAGUGGCUGCUACAGCUGGUAAAGAUUGAUGGGCAUUAAAAUCAAAGAAGAUUUUCAUCUCUGAUGGAGCUGCAACUUUACAGUGAAAACUUCAAAGGUGUCACUUAACAGGUCUAGGGAUGGUAUCCUGAUCAGCUGACUGAACUCCUUGACCAGGACAGGCUUGGUUAUUUCAAUGUUCCUAGCAUGUCAACUGGGCUCCCAGCAGAAGUGUUUUCCAUCUAAGUAAAUCCAGAUCAGUCAGCCUCCUAGCUCCUUUCUACAUGUCAAACCCUCAAGAAUUCAAUGGCUUCUUUUGCGAGCAUAACCAAAAGGAACCUACACAUUAUAACUCACGCCUAUUGCUGGCCCAUGAGGGUAUAAAGUAGAGCCUGUUCCAGAAACAGGAAAGAAGGACAAUAAAAGGUCAUGUUUUUAUAUGACUUGAUUCAGGUGGCUGAUUUUACCACUGUUACCAGGUUCUGGCGUAAUUAUGUGGCAUCCCAACUAUUAGCCUUCCUAGUGAUGAUUUUGUAAAAUUAUGGAAAAAUUAGGAGAGGGAGAUAAUUAGUUACUCCUUCCAUGCUAAUGUUUGUUUGAAUCCAAAUAGCCAUGGCUUUUUCUAAAGCAUAUGGGAUAUCCUUGGAGCUGGUUUGCUCCUGUACGUUUGCUCUACAAUAGGAAAACAAGUGACACUUUUUUUACCAGUUGAAGUGUUUAUUUUUUGUAUCAAAAUAAAGAAUGUUCAGAACCACAAA